AUGAGGCCAUCAAUGCGCCUCCCUCUGCGGGAGGCAAAAUAUGUCUGCUCCAGCUGUAGAGUAGGAGCCACACCACGCAUCUCGCCGCUCAACCAGCAAUUCCUCCGCACUGCCUCCGACUCCCCCGGAUUACUCGAACGCACCCGGCGCAAGCUCUGGGGCACAGACAAGCCACCAGGCCCUGCAGACCCCUACUCCGGAAGUCAGCUCAUGCCCCAGGAAGAACCUGCGGCUGAAACCACAGGCCUUUCCCCGGGUAAAGGAGAAGAGGAGACACCAUUCCCCGAUGACAUGGACCUUGAGAGCUUAGACUGGAACAACAUGCCCAGAGUUGGUUACACCAAGGAUAAAGAAUGGAUUAUCAAUGGCGCAACCAAGGCAGACAAAGUCAAGCCAUGGUACAAGACCAAGUGGCCGCUACCGUUGGAGCAAGCUCUUCACCAGGUUGUCAUCGAGUUCAGUGUGAUGAGCAUGGUCGGUAAGAAUUAUUCCGCCAUGGAAGACUAUGAACAACGUUUCGGCUAUGUGCGAAGCAAUUUCAAGCACUGCAGUGUGGAGGGCGAGUCCGCUGAAUGGGGUGAUCGCCUUCGAUUUGCGGGCAGGGGAACACGGGACAGACUCCUUACCUUUUUCGGGGCAAUUGGCGAGCCAGACACCCCGAGCGAGAGACUAUUCCUUCAAUUGAGCUCUCAAGGCAAGUUGAGAGAGGAUCGCUAUUGGGAAGGUGGAAAGCUCGGGAAGAGGAACGAGAGCACGAUGUCAUCUCUGCCGCUGAAUGACCCAGCAAUGAAGUUUGCCUUCUUUACUCGCCUUUCCAAACUCACCGGCCUGCGUAUCCCCGAUGCGAUUUACUCUUCUACUGCCACCACUGUCGGAGAGGCUAUCGCUGCUUACAAGGAGUUGAUUAAGCAGUCAACCAAGAUGACACCCGUGCGUCUCCAUGAGCAGAUGGCUAAGAUGGGCACCGAAAGGCUAUCCAAUGUCAAAAUCUACGACACACGCCGGACCCGCCAGGACAAUGAUGAAGAUGUUGGCCGUAAGAAGGUCAUUGUCACUUCGCUCUACGAGAACGGUCUGAUCAGCCACCCUCUUGGAAAGAGGAAGGAGUGGAUUAAGCUGCAGAAGAAGCAGGCGGCAGAGGAGUUGGAGUUGAAGGCGAACUGA